AAAAACCUUUCCGGAACCAUUGGCUUCCGGAGCUUUUGAAAGACGGACACAGCACGAUGCCACACAAUUUUCUGUCCGUCAAGCAAAGUAGUGGAUUAGCCGAGCUGAGGCAUUGAAACAUAGUAGUGUUUUUGUUAGACCCCGUGUUGUGAAAACUUCUGAUGGAUGGCGGAGAGCAGAAAGACACACAAGCAAAUGCGCCUUCCGUUAUCGACCGAUAUUACACGCGGUGGUACAGAGCCGAUUUGAAGGGGAAACCAUGUGAGGACCAUUGCAUCCUGCAGCAUUCAAACAGAAUAUGCGUCGUGACGUUAGCAGAGACCCACCCGAUCCUCCAGAGUGGGCGUACAAUCAAAAGUAUCAAUUACCAAAUCAGUAACGUCUGCAGUCGGCUGAAUAAUAAAGUCUCUGGGAAGUCCAAGCGGGGAGGUCAGUUCCUUACCGAUUUCGCACCUCUGUGUAGGAUAACAUGCACAGAUGAAACUGAAUACACAGUCUACAGCUGCAUUCGGGGCCGACUUCUUGAGGUCAAUGAGAGUAUUUUAGAAACACCUACUCUCUUGCUAGAAAAGCCGUCCACUGAGGGAUACAUUGCUGUCAUCCUGCCUAAGUUUGAGGAGAGCAAAAGCAUAACAGAGAAUCUUCUGAGCAGAGAAGAGUUUGAGAGUGUCCUCGCCAAACGAAAGGUUGCUGAAUCACAACCAUCUUGACAGAGCUUUUAUUACCUUGUUGAUGAAGUGUUAAACCCCAUCAUGUUGGCUACAAGCUACGGACACUAACCUGGAAAAGUGACAUUCACUUCUAAAGGACUUUAACAUAUACACAAACAUUGCACUGUGCCUAUAAA